UUGUUUGUACAGUAGAGAUGACUAUGCAUUUUUGGGUGUGUGUAAUUUGAUUGUGUGAAAGUUGGCACAACUGUGGGCUUGUUUUACAGUUGGGAAGGCCGUUGUGAGGCGUACUUGAAUCGGGCGUCUUUUGGAGCUGAGGCGGUGUGUCACUUUCGGUCACCUUAAGUUAAGGUUUCGAGGUUGACGUUCCGCGUUGGUGAUUUCUUCUCGCCCUAAGGGACUCUUAAGGCAAAAUGUCCACACUCUUACGCUGCCGACUUGCUUUUUGGAACCAGUGCCAGAGUAACAGUAUUGGCAUUCUUCAUCUUCACACCAGCAGUAAUACAUGCUCCAAGGAGCAUUACAAGAUGCUUGUUCUGGGAGGAGGAAGUGCAGGAAUUACUAUGGGUGCUCGAAUGAAGAGGAAGUUUGGUGCUAAGAAUGUGGCCAUUGUGGAGCCCAGCGAGAUGCAUUACUAUCAACCGAUAUGGACAUUGGUUGGUGCUGGAGCUAAGACACUAGAUUCAUCUGGUCGGACCACUGCAAGUGUAAUGCCAUCUGGAGUAAAGUGGGUAAAAUCCAGUGUUCAGGAGAUAAGCCCAGACACAAACACUGUUCGCACAGACAACGGAGUUGAGAUCACAUAUGAGUACCUGAUUGUGGCUCUUGGUCUAGAGCUCCAUUUUGACAAGAUAAAGGGUCUACCUGAAGGUUUUGAAUAUUCAAAGAUUGGUUCAAAUUAUUCUGUCAAAACAGUGGAAAAGACAUGGAAUGCCUUGCAGAACUUCAAAGAGGGAAACGCCAUCUUCUCUUUCCCCAACACUCCUGUGAAGUGUGCAGGAGCUCCACAGAAGAUUAUGUACCUCACUGAUGCAUAUUUGAGAAAGACAGGUAGACGGGCAAAUUCCACAGUGAUUUACAAUACAUCACUGCCAGUGCUGUUUGGGAUCAAGAAAUAUGCUGACACCUUGUGGGAAAUUGUCAAGAGGCAAGAUCUACAAGUGAAUCUCAGGCAGAACCUCAUUGAGGUACGGGCUGACAAACAGGAGGCUGUGUUUGAGAACCUCGACAAACCUGGAGAAACCAAAGUGUUUGAGUAUGAGAUGUUGCAUGUGACACCUCCAAUGGGACCCACUGCAGUGCUGAAAGGCUCCUUAUUGUCGGAUGCUUCUGGGUGGUUGGAUGUCGACAAAGACAACCUACAGCAUAAGAAAUACCCCAAUGUGUUUGGGAUUGGAGAUUGCACUAACCUGCCCACAGCUAAAACAGGUGCUGCUGUUGCUGCUCAGUCGUCUGUGUUGGACAGAACCGUCACGAAAGUGUUGAAAAAGGAAAAGCCAGAUAAGAAGUAUGAUGGCUACACAUCAUGUCCAUUGGUCACAAGCUACAACACAGUUGUCCUGGCAGAGUUUGAUUACAAUGGGCAACCAUUGGAGACUUUCCCCAUUGAUCAAAGCAAGGAGAGACGAAUUAUGUACCACAUGAAAGCAGACGUCAUGCCUCAUCUAUACUGGCAUGGUCUCCUCAAGGGUUGGUGGGGUGGACCAGGACCUUACAGAAAAAUCAUGCAUCUUGGGAUGAAAUAACUUUGUUAAGUAGGUUUUUCUGUCCAAUUUCCAUCAUUCAAUUAGUCACUGAUUGUGAGUACAACAUGUUAAACAGAACAAAUUAUAUGAUUAGUCAAAUGCACACUGCACCAAUGUCUGUUUAGUGAUAGAAACGUGUGUGACACCGGAUUACAACCUUUUCAAAGUCUAAUACUAAGCUUAACCACUCAUCAACCCUAUCAUACUUUAGUUACUGUGUUUGUACCAAUCACAUAUUUUUCCUAGCGUGUUGUUCCCACUUUUGACACUGUGGUGUAUAUCUUAUCAACUAUCAGCUAUUUCACAAUAGUUUUUACAAACUUAUUGCAAACUUUUCUGAUAUAAUUUACCAAUCGUAAUGACAUUUAAGAGUUUUUGUCCCUUUUUAUUUUUGUUUGCAUGUUUUAGCCAAUACUUUUUUACUUUCAUUUGUGGAAUAAAAGACAAAGGAACAACCACAUCAAGAAGCCAGGAGUGUCUUAGCAAGACUCUCUGAAUCAGAAGGUUCAGAGCUUUAUCCAUAAACAGUACAAACACAAGGCAAUUGCAACACACAAUGGUGUACAAAGGAAAGUUGUAUAAUCUAUGUGUCACAAGGUGGGAACAACAUGUCCUUUUCCCCCUUAGUACAGUUUUUAGGAAUGCAAUUGUGUGAUUUGACCACUAGUGAGCACCAUUGUCCACUUUAGCCCAGCUGUUUAGAGUAAACUAAAUAUGAUGGUUUUCUGUCCCAACAAGAACACUUUCACUGCAAUUUACUGAGAAAAAGACGAAAGAAACCGAAGAUCUUACAAAAAAAUGAUACAAGCUUUAGAAUUGAUCUUUGUCUUAAUACCACAUCCAUCAUAGCAAAUGUGUGCAUCACGGUAGGAGGAGCUCAUCCUGAUAGCUGAGAAUGGUAACUGUUCAAUAAUAAAUAAAGCUUAUACAUGUCAAACUCAUAAA